UAUCUGCAAAAUCUCUUUUUAGGAGGGACUUUACGGUCUUUCAAUGGCUUAAUUACUGUCCGCUCUCGUUUAGUUUCGAGCAUUUUGUUCGUGAAGCCGCCUCCGCACUCUCCGUACUCGCGAUCUCCUCGGCCCCGAUGGAUUGGCAAGGCCAGAAGCUCUCAGAGAAGAUGAUGGAGAUAAUGCUCGUCAUAUUCUCUGUUGUCUCCUUCAUUGUUGGGUAUACUAUUGGGUCAUUCCAAAUGAUGCUUUUUAUUUAUGCCGGCGGAGUUCUCUUGACUGCAUUGAUCACCAUUCCCAAUUGGCCGUUCUUUAAUCGCCACCCUCUGAAUUGGUUGGACCCGAGUGAGGCGGAGCGCCACCCGAAACCGCAGGUGGUUGCACCCUCAAAGAAGAAGGGAUCCAAGAACCAUCAGAAGUAGGGUUCAUGUUGCAGGUUAGACUUGAAAAGAUUUGUUGAUGAGAAAAUGACUGAUCCAGUUGAAUGCUUCUCUUAGUGGAUUCUUAUGGAUUGAUAUUGUUCUGUGUUGCCAAUUGAAUUCUAAACUUUACAUAGAUUGCAUGUUGCUUUGACAUAUUUGUUUUUCUAUCUUCUGCUUGUGUUGAAUAUGCUUUGAAGCUCAGGAAUUUAGUUUAGCAUGGUCAUCAUA